GUAAAGGUUUAUCAUUUGGCACAAACAAUUCGCGGUCAUCACGUCAGAAUUUAGGAAACUUUUUCGACCUCGAUCUUGAACUAGAACGUGCUGUCGUGAGCAAUAUUUUACAUAACGAUGAAGAGAUGACAAAGAAAUUCUACAUCAGACUACAACUAAUUAAAAUAUACACUUAACUAAAUUUCGCUGCAGUCUUAAAACAUUAAGUUGUCGCAUUGUGUGUGCCUCGUUGGUGAUUACAAAACAAAAGUGCAAAAUGAUGAAGGCAAUAGGCAUAAGCUCCCGUUUGAACCUUGGCGCUGAUUAUCAACAUGUACUUCUGGCACUACAUUCGCAAACCUUCGCUCAAAGGCGGCAUAUAAGCCCCUUGUCUGUGUACAACAAACGCGUUGAAAGCAAGGAAUUGAUGCCAGACACUGAACAGGAAGCGACUACGCAAAGGCUGGAAGCACUUUACAAUAGCAUACAGAGUUAUCGACCAGCUCAGAAAGCUACUGGCGGUGGGUUUUUAAGCUCUUUACUCAGAGGCGGUAGAAAUAAAAAUGGAGUGGAGUUAAAUGUAGGCGACGAUGUACCUCAGGGACUGUAUAUAUUCGGAAGUGUUGGCGGUGGUAAAACUACUCUAAUGGAUAUGUUCUUUGAUGCAUGCACUGACAUUAAAAAAAAGCAGCGUGUCCAUUUUAAUUCAUUCAUGACGGAUGUACACAAACGAAUACAUGUCACGAAAGAGCAAAGAGGGCCUGCUGACCGCGCCUUUAACACAGAAAGCCCAAUACCUUAUGAUCCCACACGUCCGGUAGCUGAUCAAAUAAUAGCGGAGUCUUGGCUUAUUUGCUUUGAUGAAUUCCAAGUGACUGAUAUUGCGGAUGCUAUGAUAUUAAAACGUUUAUUCACUCAUUUAUUUAACGAUGGCCUUGUCAUGGUAGCUACGAGUAAUCGACAUCCUGAGGAAUUGUACAAAAACGGUUUGCAGCGUAGCAAUUUUCUGCCUUUUAUCGAUAUAUUGCAGCACCGUUGCAAGGUUAGCGAAUUGAACAGCGGCAUUGACUAUAGGCGCAUUGCUCAAUCGGGAUCAACAAAUUACUUUGUCAAAUCGGAAACGGACGCUGAUGCCGAAAUGAAUCGCAUGUUCAAAAUUCUUUGUACACAGGAAAAUGAUAUUGUGCGACCACGCACCAUAACCCAUUUCGGAAGAGAUUUGACUUUUCAAAAAACUUGCGGACGUGUCUUAGACAGCAGCUUCAACGAGCUCUGUGAUCGCCCUCUGGCGGGGAGUGAUUACUUGCAAAUCGCACAACUUUUCCAUACAGUGCUGAUAAACGAUGUGCCUAAGAUGAAUUUAUUUAUUAAGAGUCAAAUGCGUCGAUUUAUUACGCUAAUUGAUACGCUUUACGAUAAUCGUGUGCGCGUGGUUAUCUCCGCCGAAACGCCGCUAGCAUCACUUUUUGACAUUACAGACAAGCCAGCAGGUCUAGCGGAUUCUGAGCGUACUCUAAUGGACGAUUUGAAUAUUCAACAGGGCUCUAAAGAAUCUACGGCUAAUUAUUUUACUGGCGACGAAGAAGCUUUUGCAUUCGAUCGCACAGUAUCGCGCUUAUAUGAAAUGCAAAAGAAGGAGUAUUGGGAGCAAUGGGCUAAGCAUCGUUGAAAAGUUUUGUAUAUUGUUCGAACAGCACACAACUUGGCCAGUGACCAUACAUGCAUACAUAUGUACUUAAUUUAAAUUUUAGUUAAAGACCAAAAACAUCAUUUUAAGUUAAACAAAUUUGCCAGGCUUUUUUGUAGUUUAAUGUACUCUGAUUCGAGUAUAUUUUAAUAUUUUUAGGCUCAAAGCUUAAAAUUAUUAUUUAUGUUGAUACACACGUAUGUAUAACUGCAUAUAUUUAAUUUGUUAGUCGAAGCAAACCCUGCCACAUAUUUAAAGAAAACGCUUUAAUAAUAGUAUUAUUCAGAAAAUAUUUAUUUGCUAAAGCAAUAUUAGCCAAUUUUAAGUAACUAAGAGAUAGCAAUUACUGUACAACGAUAAAAGCAAUAAAAUGUUCAUACAUACAUACACAUGUACAUAUGUAAAAAAAAA